CUCCACUUUCAUGAUUGAGGUACAUGCAAAAUGUUUGUCCAUCUAUAAGAAUAACAUAUGCGGUACGGGCGGUGUUUAUUAUGACUGUCAGAAUCAGGAAUUUACUUCUGUACCAAAAGUCAAUGUUUCAGGAGUAGUCGCAAUAGAUCUGUCAUACAACAAUAUCACAAAUCUUACCAAUUCAGAUUUCGAAGGAAUGGAUGCUUUAAAAGCAUUAUAUUUCACAAGGAACAAACUGCAGCGUAUUGAAAAGAAUGCAUUUCAACAUUGCUCUCAGCUCUGUAUAUUAGAUUUGGCCGGGAAUGGCUUAACAAAAGAUUCAAUAGAGGAGGGUGCAUUCAGGUAUCUGACAGCGCUUGAGGAUCUGAGAAUGAAUGACAAUCCUUUUUCUAAAGGCGGAUACCCGGAUGUAGAAAUAGGAAGGCUGACGUCAUUAAGAAAUUUCACAUUAGAUGCAACUUAUUACUUAAGCUUUUCUACAGAAUUCCAAAGGUUGAAAAGGCUGCGGUAUCUACAGAUUUUACCAUCAGCUUAUUUCUGGUUUGACAAUUAUUCAUUUAUGAAUCUGGGAAAUCUAAGUAUUGAAUAUUUGGACCUCCAAUUCAGUGAUCAUAGUGCUUGUUACCAUGAUAUUGAAGAUAUAUUCUGGCCUUUUUCUUCUUUGAAAGGGUUAACUUUUCAAACAUUUUGCGGUUUACGUUACGUUCUGAAAUCUUUGAAAUCUUUGAAAAGACUGAAAUUUAAUCAAAUGGAAUACAUCAACUUUACAAGAUCAAGUCCCUUCAAUGGUGAACCCGUUCUCCUCAACGAUUAUGAUGUAGCAUUUCUCAAAAACAUUUGUGUGAAGUUCCUUUCUCUACAGGACACAAAUACUGUCGGAAUACCAACAUUAAACCCAUCCAUAUUUAUGGAAUGCAUUGAAGAAAUUGAUGUGUCACAUAAUUCAAUCUACACCUAUUCCACAUUCGUCAUGUUCUUGCAAGCGAGACGAAUCAAACUCGUCAAUUUCAGUCAUUUGAAUGAUUGCCGAUUACCAAGUUCAAGAGGGAAAUUAUUAGAGAUGAGGGAAAUGUUACCAAAACGGCCUCCUGUUAACGCCACUCUCUCAAAAUCCUUGGAGGAAAUCGACGUUUCUUACACCUACGCAAAACCAACUUUACUACUUUACGUUCAAUUAAAAAUAUUCGCUACAAACCUCAAAAAGAUAAACUUUCAAUAUAUAGGUUUUCCCCUCUGUUCUUUAAACAAUAUAGAGUUACAUUUUCCGAGUCUGAGAAGCAUUGAUGUUUCAGGUUCGUCUUGUGAUAAUUUAAACUUACAUUUUUUGAAGCAUCUCCCCUCUUUAACAGAAGUUUAUAUGCGUAAUACCAAAUUGAAUAUCGGUCUAGCCACUGAUGUAAAUGGAACUUUCUUUCGUGGACUGUCGAAAUUAACGAUGGUUGAUUUUUCUGAAAACGCCUUGAAAGAGUUACCUGCAGAUUUAUUUCUCAGCCAAGCGUCUUCAAUGAAGUGUCUGAUACUCGAAAGCAAUUCAUUUACCACAAUACCACGUGCCUUAAAUUUCAUUCCUCGGCUUGAAUUCCUUGACCUUCGAUCUAACAAACUGUCCUAUUUUUCAAAAGAAUCUAUAUCAAUUAUUGAUAAUUUACCCAAUAUAAUGAUAGAUAUCAGAAACAACCCAUUUGACUGCUCUUGCAAUGCUUUAGAAUCCUUGAAAUGGAUCAGAGACAAUAUCAAAAAGUUUGUUUAUUUGAACAGGGCUCAAUGCAACGAGAUGGAGGGCCCACGGAUACCUGUUCUUAAGAUCAUUAACAACUUGAGAGCAUUAGAAUUAAAAUGUAUUUCUCAACUGUGGUUGGAUAUAUCGAUAUCAAUUGUGUCGUCCAUGUUUUUGAUUGUGCUAGUGGUAGCGAUGAUGUAUCGAUAUAGGAUAAUCCUUCGGUAUGGUGUACUGAGAAUAAGGUUAUUUUGGAGACGUGGUUUCGCCAAUAAUUUGACAAGAGAUUCAUCUGCUUUUGAUACGUAUAUAUCAUAUUCUCCCGUUGACUCCUUGUUUGUGAGUUUGCAUCUUUAUCCUAAAUUGCAGGAAGAAAAUCUUCGCAUAUCCUUCCGGGAUAAAGAUUUUAAACCUGGUAGUACCUUUGCAGAAGAGGUUGUGGAGUUCAUAAACAUAAGUAAAUGUGUUGUUUUUGUCGUAACACAAACAUUUUUGAAAUAUGACUGGGGAACAUAUGAAAUCCAGGUCGCAAAAAUCCAUGCAAUUCAUAAAAACGCCCGGAUUUUAUUAAUAAUCAAGGACGACAUCGAAGUUGAGGAUCUUCCUCGAGAUCUCCUGUACGUUUGGUGGAAAAUUAAACCAAUCAGAUGGCCCGACGCUAACAACGCGGCAAAGAGGGAAAAGUUCUGGAGAAAGUUUAUUAAGUCGAUCAAGGAAUCUUAAAUCUUGUUUUAAUGUUUGAAGGAUAGUGAAAAAUUUACAGCAAUGGGACGAGAUACCAAGGAAAAUUUUCGAUAUUAUUAAAGUCCAAUGACUGCUUUGCAUGCAAUUUAUUUGUUUUAUGUGACAGGUGGAUGUGAUCGGUCAACAGGGACACCUUAUUCCUCAUAGGGAUCUGAUUCCACCUCAAGAAUUCCCAGGGGCCAUGCUAAAUGCCCUAUUAAAAUAUUUGUAUCUUUUGUAGGUUUGGGGGUAAACAUAAACAUAUAUUUUAUGAUGCAACAUUUUUAAAGGAUGUAUAAAUCUAUUUACUGUGAAAUCCCUUUUGUGUGUGUUUUUGAUUUUUAUUGUUUUGUUUUUAAUGUAUGAAAACUAUCACGAAUUCAUGUUCAAUAUGAAAUAUAAUUAUUGAAAAGUGCAGAUUUAGAAUUUUUCUUAUACUUAAAAAUCAAAUCCUUGUGUUUUUUUUUCAAACCAUGGAAUUUUGACCUUAAGAAAAUAUAUUUUAAAAGUAUUUUGUUGCAACAUGUCUCAUGACAUUGCAAAACAUUCUGGU